AUGAUUCCUGACACUUGGUCCAAAUGGUAUGAUAGGGACACUGGUAUUGAUUAUCUGUACGGGCUAAAAUCCAAGAAGCCCGAUACUGCGAAGCAAGACAACAAGGAUCCACUUCUGACGUUUAUCUUGACCAACAUCAGACAGACAUGGAUGCUUGAGAUCAACAAUUUGAAGGAUUUCAUAGAACUUUCAGGGAAUAAUGGAGUGGAAGUUUCUAGUGUCGAUGACCUUUACAAAACAAUGUUGUUUUUAGAUCAAAAUAUAUCCCAAUUAGACUCCAAGAUUGCUCAAGUGGGGUUCUUAUACCCAAAAAAUGGACGAUCAAUGUUUCAAUUAACCAAUAUAUCAGAGUCAAUGCCAAAGAAGGAAACCUUCAAGUGGGUUUUCCCACUAAAUCUCGUAAGCGAUGCAACUUCAUUGGCUAUUUCCCAAGGUAUUAACUUUCAAGUGUUUAAAGCGUUAUCAAUUGAAAGAUUUCAAAGAAAUUAUAUCCUACAUGAAAUAGAAAAAAAGGACAAGCUGAUUUCAAAGUUAUUGGAUUCCGUUCUGGAGACUUAUAGUUUUUCCUCUGGCAAUGGAGAAAGCUCGGCAGAGAACUCUCUUCAGGAGAAGAAUAAGAUACUGAAUAACAAGACACUGACAAAAAUAAUACCAGAGGGUCAUAGUUUAAGACAGUCAUUAUUGAAAUUUGAUCCAGCAACACUACAGGGUCAGGAUCCAUAUAAGAAUACCUGUAUCUGGGAUCUUAUAGGAGAAUUGCUAAAAGAGAGAGAUAAUUGGAGGCAUAGCAAUGAAUACAGUGUCUCAAGGACAGUAACCGAAUCAAUAGAAAAGAGAGACAAGAAUGAUAACAACAACAAUAACAGUUUCUACCAUGAAUAUAUGGAAGUGGACGAAUCUCCGAAGAAUAAGAAGCAUAUUGAAUCACAGUUUGAAAAGAACCCAAAGAAACGGAAAUUCGGUAAAGUGUCUGCUUCUGUUCCAGUGCUACAUGAAGCAAAUCAUGAUAAGGUCAAUAUGUUUGGUAAGGACAGUAAUGUAAAUGUUGAAGAUGUAAAUGCUGAAAUCUAUAAACCAAAGAGGAGAAAAUUUGGUGUCAUUAAAUCCCUCAAAAGAAAGUUGGACUCAUCUUCUGAAGUUGCCAUCAAAUCUCAAAAAUAA